UUCAACACGUAAAAUGUUUGCAAAAGUUAAAUUUCUUUGCUUAAAUAUAUUAAUUAUAUUUGGCUCAAUAACAUCCAUUCAAGGUAAUUGCCGAAUAUAUUUGCCAGAUCAGUCAACUACCCCAAAUCUGUAUAGAAUUGUUGGUUCACAUAAAAUAAAAUUGAAUGAUAGAGCAAAUAGCUUGAACUAUAUAGAUUUGUAUGAAAAUCAAGAAAUAGAAGCACAGUGUGACGUACAAUUUGAACGACCUAAGAGAUACCAAACAUCAAAUCAACUUUACAUCAAGUGUAAUGGAUAUAUCUACAUAAAGACGGCUGAAAGUAGAUCAUAUAAGAUUAACGAAUAUAACUCUGAAAUUUCUUUAGAAUGCUCAUCAAUAAAGUGGAAAUUAUAUGAAUCAACAAAAAAAUUCACAUGGUGUCCAACCAAUGUAACCUCAUACAUGUUAGCCAGACAUAAGGCAUUAGGUCAUGACUACUUGGCUGGCAUUUGUUAUGAUAUCUACAAACAGUCCUUUUCUUCAUUGUACUACACAUUGGCACCUAAACAUUAUGAAUAUGCGCACCCAUCUGUUUUCGGGAAUUUCUAUACUCCUAGUUUGGAAAUACAAUACAUAAAGGAAACAUUUGGUUCAAAUAGCAUUAUUAAUUUCGAUAACCAACAGUUUGAGAACUGGAUAACUAAUUCAAAUUAUAAAUACAGUUCGGUAAUGCAGCAUCCAAACCUCUAUACAUCAUUUAAUCUGCAGUUUUCCUCUCUACUUGAAUUUGUGUGGUGGCCAAAUUUACGUAUUUACAAUUGGAAAAGUUAUGAAACAGCUCUCGAGCAACACGUGGAGAGUGAAAAUCAAGCAUACGACAUUUUAGCAGGUGUAUCUGGUGCCAUAAAGACACCCAUUAUUGACAAAUGUCAAACGAAUUAUACGUUGAAGGAAGUGAUUUAUGGAACGGAGCAGAAAAUACCAUUGUAUGUUUGGAAUUAUUUACAGGCCAGAGACAAUAGCUCCAAUGGGAUUGUCAUUAUUGGCUUCAAUUCGCCAUUUCAAGAGUUUUACUCAGAAGAGGAGAUAGUAUUUUGCCCGGACAAAUGUCAGGAAAUUCCUUGGUUGAAAAAAUUUAGCUCUACUUUUCGUUAUGGAAUAAUGGGCACUGUAUUUUGCUGUAACGUUGAAGAUGUCAAAUCUUCAAAAUAUUUAGAUGGCUUUCCAGAAAAUGUUAUGAUUCCAAAACCGGCUGAAACAACAACAUCAUAUAUAUUAAAUCACGAACCAAUAACUGAGCAAAAUAAUAGCUAUAAUAACGAUAAUGGCGAUAAUAGCGAUGAAUAUAUUGCUGAUGAGGAGGAAUGAUUUCCCAUACCCUUUUAUUGAAAUCAAAGUUUUAGUAAUUGAAAAUAUCAUACAACAUUUAUUUUUGUAAACUUUUAACCCUUAUUAACAAUAAAACCUUAAUAUCAGCACUAA